CAGAGACUCUCGCCGCCAUCAUGUCUCGCUACCUGCGCCCCCCCAAUACAUCUCUGUUCGUAAGGAACGUGGCUGAUGACACCAGGUCUGAAGAUUUACGACGCGAAUUUGGUCGUUAUGGUCCUAUAGUUGAUGUGUAUGUUCCACUUGAUUUCUACACUCGCCGUCCAAGAGGAUUUGCUUAUGUUCAAUUUGAGGAUGUUCGUGAUGCCGAAGAUGCUUUACAUAAUUUGGACAGAAAAUGGAUCUGUGGACCCCAAAUUGAAAUACAGUUUGCACAGGGGGAUCGGAAGACUCCAAAUCAAAUGAAAGCCAAAGAAGGGAGGAAUGUAUACAGUUCUUCAUGCUAUGAUGAUUAUGACAGAUACAGACAUUCUAGAAGCCGAAGUUAUGAAAGAAGGAGAUCAAGAAGCCGGUCCUUUGAUUACUACUACAGAAGAUCUUACAGUCCUAGAAACAGUAGACCGACUGGAAGACCGCGGCGUAGCAGAAGCCAUUCCGACAAUGAUAGACCAAACUGCAGCUGGAAUACCCAGUACAGUUCUGCUUACUACACUUCAAGAAAGAUCUGAGAAAGCGGAAAAAGAACUAAAGAAGGGCAGUUCAAGCGACCAAAGGGUGGGUGGAAGGUGCUGCAGUAUGAAUACUGUACGAAUAUUUUGACUCUGGUCUGAAAAGAUAAAAGAAUGUUACUGAAACUACACGGAAUAAUUGAAGUCCCUUCAAGUUUGAAAGUAAGCAUUUUAGGACAAAUAAAAGGAAAUUCAACUUUGUACUUGUGGAAACUAAUCCCUAAAUCUGAAUAGAUUUAUAUUGAUUCAUGGGUAACAGGUCCAUAAUAAAUCAUUGGAAACUAGGAUGUCUGAAUAUCAAGGAAGACAGCCAUAGUCUUACAGUGCCUCUAUUGGUCUGUCUCAAACUGAAUUGGGUAAGAAAAGGUAUGGUCCAGUAUAAACUUUUUCUUGAUAUCUCUUAAAAGUUGGUUCAAUUUUGCUAUUGGCAAAUCUUCCCUUUGUUUAUUACAGUGUCAGUGUUUUCUGCUUAAUGGUUUGCUUUGUUGGCAUCUGAGUUUAUUGUAUGCCUUGUGCAGUUUACAUCUUAACACUUUACCAGGUAAAUUCCAAUUGUAAUACUUGACAUCCAGUAAGAGGGUCCAUCUCUUCUCACCUCUUUCCUAGUCAGUAGCAAACAUUUACUGAGCCCUUAACUAUGGGCAAAAUUGGACUGGGUAAAUUGGGGAGAAAAUUAGAUAAAAUUCACUUAAUUAAUGUCUACUGAGCACAAUCUAGUGAAUCAUUACAGUAUGGGCUCGUUUUGUUAGAGGUGUAUUAUUCGUAACUAUUUUACACCAGUCAUAUAAUGUAAUUAUAAAGCCCAAUACACUAUAUCAAAAAUAAUUUUGUGGUUAUCUGCCAUUUAAACGUAUCCAGUAUUUGUUUGUAUCUCAGUACAAUGAAAAAAUGACUUGUUUAAAUCUGUAAUAAAUGAUUUAUUGUGCAGUGGCUGUAAUAUACUAGUUAUAUUAAAUUGGUGACUCUGCCUCCUCAAACACAUACUAGGAAGUAAUCCCCAAAAUAAGCAUUUAACUUUGUGUUAGAUAUAAAGGAGACUCUGGGUGCUAUAAUUAGAUUCUUUUGAGGCAGACAGCUUGUUAUCCCAACUGAUUUAGUAUGUUCUGUAAUUGAGAAAAUGUUCACCAAGUUAUACUUUUUAGUGAUUUACAUGUACAUUUUAUAGGGCACAUGUUCUGUGUAUAGUGAAUAAAUAACUUUUAUAGUAUCACAAAAUGUUUUGGAUUCCUUAGUUCAUUAGGUUAUAAAGUGUUUACCUGUACAUUGAUUCCAUCACUCACAUAUUUUUGUCUUAUUUCUGCCUUAUAUAUAAAACUUCUAAUUUAAGCAUACUCAUUUAAAAAUACAGAAGUGUUUAAGCCUUUAUAAAGAUUUGAAAUAUAGAACAUAAUGUAACUAAGGGAUAUAUAGAACAGAUAUUUUUGCCUGUUUUCAUUUUUUUCAAAUUUGCCCAAGAUCACACAGUAAGUGGCAGAUCCUAGAGUCCAUGGUUCUUCAUUUGGUUCAUCUAUGUUACUGGUUGCUUUUUUUUUAAUAGGGGAGUUUUUAACGCUAUCUAGAGUUCACUUAGAGGGAAGAGUAAAUCAAUUUGUAAAAAUAGAUUUAAUUACACAAAGCCUUUUGUUACUAAUCCAAGUUCUCACACAGCUGUUGUGACUCAGACUCUUUCCAGCCUGGCUUUCCCAGUUUUCAACCUGUGUUGUAUUCUGGCCAUAUUCUUGUUUACAAAAAUCCUGAGAUAUUUUUAAAUGGUGAGGCUGUGACUUGAGACAGCGUAGUGGUAGCCCAGAGUAAUCCAAUAGUGUUCUACUAAGAGGUCUAUCAAAAAAUCCCAGGAGUAAACUGUUCUCAUUGAUACAUUAUGUAUGCAACCUAUUUGUCUUGAACUAUUGAAAUCUAUUAAAGCAAAGCUAGUUGCUGUGGAAAAGUUGCCUUGGCCCUGUCCUCCAAGGGUGUUGCUUAUGUUUAUUAUGCUGGGUUUCUGUGUAUUCCUAGCAGUUGUUUCAUCCUUGUAAUUAAAGUUGGGAUUCUUAUUUGGAAUAAAAAGCAAGGCAUGUACAUGUUUUAUUGAUAAUUGACAGAGUAGUUUGUAAAGAAAUAAAAGGCCUUUGUCUUUUUUGGUAGAUGACACCUUUGAAUGCUAGACAGUGAAAUAAACGUCUCUGGUAUUUUC